AUGGAAGUCCUAUCUAAGGAAGGUUACAUACCUCAAAUGGAGAUUGGAGAACUAGGCUUCUGUGAGAGCUGCGUCCUGGGGAAGUCUCACAAGCAGAGCUUCCCGAAAGCCAAACACACUACUAAAGGGAUCCUUGAGUACGUUCACUCGGAUCUAUGGGGUUCACCGUCAACUCCAGAGAGUCUCGGUGGUGAUGAGGCAUUCAGUAAGUUCAAAGAAUGGAAAGAAGCUGUUGAAAGUCACACUGAGAAGAAGAUAAAGUGUUUGAGAACAGAUAAUGGUUUGGAAUUCUGCAAUACCUUGUUUGACGACUUGUGCAGAAAGUCUGGAAUUAAGCGCCAUCGAACCUGUACCUACACCCCACAACAAAACGGAGUAUCAGAAAGGAUGAACAGAACCAUUGUGGAUAAAGUGAGAAGUAUGCUAGUUGAGACAGGAUUGGGACAAGAGUUUUGGGCAGAACUUUGCGACGAACAAUUUGCGACGGAAACUGUUUUCUCGCAAUUCCAUCGCAACCGGUAA